AAUUUAAUUUUAGGGUGAGGAGUAAGUAAUAAACCAACGUCAGCUUAUUUACCGAAAUCAGAAGCUUUUUUCCUCUGCAAGGCACAAGCGAACGAACGACGACGUUUCUUCCGCAUCACUCUGAAGUUUCUCUCUCAGAAUUGGCUAUGGCGAACGAUAACGAACCCGCGAAGCUUUUGCUACCAUACCUUCAACGCGCUGAUGAAUUACAGAAACACGAACCUCUCGUCGCUUACUACUGUCGAUUAUAUGCGAUGGAAAGAGGAUUGAAGAUUCCACAAAGUGAUCGCACUAAGACCACUAAUGCUCUUCUUGUGUCUCUCAUGAAACAGCUCGAAAAGGAUAAGAAGACAACCCAGGUUGGGCCUGAAGAUAAUCUAUAUCUUGAGGGAUUUGCUUUGAAUGUGUUUGGAAAAGCAGACAAGCAAGAUCGUGCUGGAAGAGCUGAUUUGAACACAGCAAAAACAUUUUACGCUGCUAGCAUAUUUUUUGAGAUUCUUAACCAAUUUGGAGCUGUUCAGCCUGAUCUGGAGCAGAAACAGAAAUAUGCAGCAUGGAAAGCAGCUGAUAUAAGAAAGGCUUUGAAAGAAGGAAGGAAGCCCAUGGCUGGCCCGCCUGCUGGUGAUGAGGACCUCUCACUUCCAUUGAGUUCUCCUAGUAAUAGAUAUGAUCUUGGGACUACUGAAACGUCUGCUUCUAGUGCUGGAUCUGAAUCCGAUUCAACACAUAGUUAUCAUAACCCUGUCAACUACCAGAAUCUGCCAAGCAUUCCUCCUGUACCUAAGUUCCAUGAUACUCUCAAUGAUCAGAAUUCUGCAAACAUUCCACCAUCUUUGCAGUUUCAUGAUAGGGUAGAUGAUAAUAAGCAUUCUUCAACUGCUUCUCCAUCAUCUCACUCUUAUACACCCGGAGGUUAUCCUUCCCAAGACUUCCAUCCUCCUCCAUCUUCCCAGGAUUAUCAUCAUCCACCACCUUCCCAUGAUUACCAUUCUUCUGCACCUUCCCAAGAUUAUCAUCCUCCUCCACCUUCCCACGAUUACCAUUCUUCUGCACCUUCCCAGGAGUACCAUCCUCCCCCACCUUCCCAGGAUUAUCAACCUCCUCCACCUUCCCAAGAUUAUCAACCUCCUCCACCUUCCCAAAAUUACCCUCAUCCUCCACCUGCCAGGUCAGACAGUUCUUAUUCUGAGCACUAUAACCACCAGCAAUACUCACCAGAUCAGUCACAGAAUUUAGGUCCAAAUUACCCUUCUCAUGAAACUCCAGCUCCUUAUUCGCUUCCCCAUUUUCAAUCUUAUCCAAGUUUUACAGAAAGCAGCCUACCAUCGGUACCAGUAAACCACACUUAUUAUCAAGGGCCUGAUGCUUCUUUUUCUUCCCAGUCAGCUCCUCUAACUACAAACCAUUCAUCAAGUGCCCAAAACAGUUCAAGCAGCAGAAAUGGAACUGCCUCAGAACCCAAGCCAGCAACUCAAUCAUACCAGUAUGACAGUAGCUACCAGCCAGCACCUGAAAGAAUAGCAGAGGCACACAAAGCUGCAAGAUUUGCUGUUGGGGCACUGGCAUUUGACGACGUCUCAAUUGCAGUAGACUACUUGAAGAAAUCACUCGAGUUGCUAACAAAUCCAUCAGUUGGCCAGUAAGAUUUUAUGUAAAAAUUGGUACUGGUAUACAUGGUGUCUUUUUUUGUAAUAUAUGAUAUUCUUUCUGCAUUAUAGCGUGAAAAAUUCAAUAAACAUGGGUCUUUUUCUCAUUAAUAUAGAUGUUAUUGAGAUUGGUUUCUUUGAGGUUAUGAGACA